GAGAUCCCUCAAAAUCCUACGAGAAGCUCUCACCUGCACGAAGUAACGUCAGGCCACAGUUGCUGAUGCUAAUCAGCCUGACCCUCCAACAACAACAACAACAGUGCCAGGCCUACAUGGGUUCAGUGCAGGGCCAGCUAUGGCUACGUCUUCAAAUACCCCCCUCCCACAAGAUGAUGGACUGUGGAUGUUUCUUCAGAGCCGAGGGAUUCCUGAGAAAAAUAUUCAGAAAAUGCAGCAAGAUCAUAUUGACAGCUCGGUAGUUGGAGAAAUAGAUGAUGCCACUAUGACUGCUUACAUUCCAGCAUAUGGUGAUAGGAUUGCUACAAGGCGUUUCUGUAUGGAAAAACAGAGAAAAGGUGGUGAUGAUCUAAAAAGACAGUCCUUAUUUGAAAAACUUAGAAGAAAGUUGGGCACAUUGACAAGCAAUAAAGACACAGAUCAAGAUUUUGAGGAGGAGCAUUCUAUGCAGCCAACAAAGAUACAUCUGAGAAAUAACAAAAGGGCCGUGAAGAUGACAAGGAAAAUAGAACUAGGAUGGAUACACGACAAGAAACAAGUGAGAAAACGCAAUGGUGGAGGAACCAGAGUUCUUGAUAUUUCCAAGAAAGCCACAAAAACAGAGAUUCUAUCACAAGCUAAAAAGCUAUUUUUCCCCAAUGAGAAAUCGAGAAAGGGAAAGUGGGAAGAGUUCAGUCACAACAUUGUUGACUUUCAGGAAGCAUACCUUGAUGAGGGUGUUAGUGUGGGAGAGCUCUAUGAGACACAUAAAUUGGGGAUUUUAAGAUUUUACUUGUUCACAGAGCACCUGACAAAUGAAGAUGAAGUGUUCACAGAGAUGACAGAAGGAACUGAUGAACAGACAGAUGCAGCGAGGCUAAAUGAGCAACAGAAAAACACAACAGAAGAUAAUGAGCAGCUGACACAAAAAACACAUGACAGUGAACAGCAGACACAUACUGUAGAAGAUGUUGUCUCUACUGCUGUAGAGAUUGUUGAUCUUACAUCUUUGUGUGAUACAUCGGAGGUCAUUUUUGGCCCUUUGCAAGGUGGACCAUUUUUAGAAGAUCUUGAUGACACAAUCUUACAUGAGCCUAUAGAAGAGGCACAGAUAAACAUCAACGCCUACAGCUCAACUCCUGUCCAUUCUGACACAGUGCCUGCUGGCCCAUUAAGUCCUACUUAUGAACCUUUGCAUGUGACAGUGAAACUCCACAGAGUCAAUCUCUUGGAGGAACUGAUUACCCAAUUCAAGGAUGAAGUGAUUAUGUCCUACUCUGUGAAAUACAGCUUCAUUCAUGAAAUGGGGGCAGAUGCUGAUGGCGUGUCCAGGGAUGUAUAUGCUGCCUUCUGGACAGAGUUUUUAGACUGUGCAGCAGAGGGUGCAGAUGUGAGAGUGCCAUCACUAUCCCCAAAAUGGCAAGAGGAAGAAUGGAAAUCCGUUGGUAGGAUAAUGGUCAAGGGAUUAAAGGAACAUGGAUAUUUUCCUUCUCGGCUGGCUCAAGCCUUUACAGCAGCAAUCAUAUUUGGUGAACACACUGUCUCACCUGAUUUAUUGUUUGACUCACUAAUGUUGUAUCUUAGUCAGUCUGAGCGUGAUCUCUUGUCCACUGCUUUGCAAGACGCCCUUGAUGGUGAUGAUAAAGAUGAGCUUCUUGAUCUUAUGGAUCGCAUGGGAGUAAGAACAGUACCAACACAAGAGAACUUGAAAGCUGUGCUUCUCCAAGUGGCCCACAAGCAAAUAAUCCAGCAACCAAAAUAUGCACUGGAUAACAUUGCAGCAGUCGCAGGACCAACUCUCAGGGAGUUCUUCCCCAGUGUGCUGGAUAUGCAGAAGAUGUAUGAGAAUCUUAAACCAUCAACCCGGAAGGUUUUAAAGUUGAUCACGGCCUCUCCAGCUACUCCAGCAGAGAACCAAAGUUUGCAAUUUUUACAUCAGUACAUCAGGGGAUUGGAUGAGAUAGGCCUCCGGAAGAUGUUGAGAUUCAUGACAGGGUCUGAUGUCAUCUACGUUAAAGACAUUCAAGUCAUAUUCACCCCUUUGGAAGGGUUAUCUAGGCGGCCUAUUGCACAUACUUGUGGCCCAACAUUAGAGCUGCCAUCAACUUACAACAGCUAUCCUGACCUCCGAGCUGAAAUGGAGGCUAUACUGUCCAGCAACUUCUAUGCAAUGGACAUUGCAUAG